CAGGAAAGAGGCGGGGAAGGAAGCUGAAGGCUCACAGGUGACUUAUUCACUUGUCACCGGGAAACAAAAUAAUAUAGGGAAAACCGUUUACGAAAAACAACAACAACAAACACCCCGAAUCUGUGACAUGGGGAUUUAAGAAGAGCGAGUUUCGGGGUCAAGCAGAAGUUGUGAUUUGAAGCGAAGCGCCUCCGUCGACGUCGUUACUGGUUUGGCAUGGAUCACCGGCCUCAGCGCGUCUGUGGUUAGAGAGAGAGCCUGCAGCCGGGACUGAAGCGUUUUGAUUAAAAGAAAAGGGUCAGCCAGGUCAUGCUGAUGGACCAGGACACUCAAUGGCUGUACCAACUCUUGGCUGAAGUCCAGCUGGAGAAGUUUUACCUGCGUGUCAGAGACGGCCUCAAUAUCACUCGCAUUGAGCACUUUAACUAUGUGAAAGACACUGAUCUGGAGCAGAUAGGAAUCAGCAGACCUGCACAAAGAAGAUUAUGGGAUGCUCUGAAACGCUAUAAGGCAAGCGCACGCAUAAGGUCAUGGGUGCCGAAGGUGUUCAGCAGCCGAAGUCCAGAUGGGGGGGAGCAGUUACCCGCAGGUGGCCCAGCACAGGGUCAGGAUGGUAGAAGCCGGGCUUUUCCAUGUCUGAUCCAAGACAGUGAGCUGAUUCUGGGGGAGAAGUUGGGCGCUGGGUCCUUUGGGGUAGUGAAGAAGGGAGAAUGGCAGACGCCCACUGGGAAAGUGCUUCCUGUAGCAGUUAAAUCGCUCAGGACCAGUAUGUCGAGGCAGACGAACACACUGACAGACUUUCUCCAAGAAGUAACCACCAUGCAGUCCUUAGACCACUCCAACAUCAUACGACUCUACGGGGUGGUGCUCACACAGCCCCUCAAGAUGGUCACAGAACUGGCCCCCUUGGGCUCACUUUACGACACCCUGCGUGCACGUCAGUAUGAGUACCCUCUGGUUCGCCUCUGGUUCUUUGCAACGCAGAUUGUGGCAGGUAUGGAGUACCUGGAGAGCAGGAGAUUCAUCCACAGGGACCUGGCUGCAAGAAAUGUACUGCUGGCGUCCAGGGAGAUGGUGAAGAUCGGGGACUUUGGUAUGAUGCGAGGCCUGAGCCAGGAGAAAGAUCACUACAUCAUGGCGGCACACAAAAGGAUACCAUUUGCAUGGUGUGCUCCAGAGAGUCUUCGUAUUGGCUCCUUCUCCCAUUCCUCAGACGUCUGGAUGUUUGGUGUCACCUUAUGGGAGAUGUUUACCUACUGUGAGGAGCCCUGGUUUGGUUUGGAUGGCCGGCAGAUUUUGUGGCGUGUAGAGCGGGAGGGCGACCGCCUGGCGAAGCCACCUGAUUGCCCUCAGGAGCUAUACACUGUAAUGAGAAAGUGCUGGGCCUACAAUCCUGCUGACAGACCCACCUUUGCCCAGCUCACUACAGUGGUGGCAGAGGCUAAACCCGCAGAGGUGCAAGCAGCAAGAGACUUUGCUGAACCCAGAAAACUCACAUUUGUGGCCGGUGACCUUGUGACCGUCAUCGACCACGGUCUGGAGCUCAGUGAGUGGCGGGGCCAGAACCAGAGGACGCUGGCCGUUGGCUGGUUUCCUGCGAGCCUGACUGUGCCCCCACUCCCUCCUGCUGCUGCUGCUGCUGCUGCUGUUGCCGCUGCCGCUGCUGGCACCGCUACCUCCUCCUCCUCCUCCUCAUCCAGUAGCUCCGGGCUCAACCCUCCAGCCUACAUCUCAAACCCAGUAAAGGGCAGUUUGCAGCACACUGGGCAUGGAGACGUCAAGCCUGAGCGCACCUGGGGAACACCUGAGAGACUGGACGACAGUGCCGGCGGCCGGAGGUCAGGCUCUGGCAGGGAGAACGAGGGAUCCAAUCUGCAAAGAAUGGCAGGUUUGGCUCAGAGCCUGGAGUCAGUCUUAGGUGGACAUCGGCCCCGAGCUCAUACAGUAGGAGUGUUGAGAGUGGAUCAGCAUGGCAAACCCAUUCCUCCUGUGAUGGCAGCUCACGGUUUAAUGAUGCAACAGGAUCCUCGCCGGUUCAGCGAGGCUAGUAUCGUUCCCCCUCCUCGACCGCCGCUCCCCAACAUAAAAGCGCUUAAGAAACUCCAAAGAAGACCCAUAGUUAACAACGCCUCAGGCACCUCAUGGCCUCAGCAAAUGGUUUCCUCCCAUCUGAUGCAGACACAACCUCAGCCUCAGCUUCAGCCUCAUCCUCAGCAGCCUGUCGGAGGCUCCAACCUUCUCAAAAUGUCCCAGUUGGCACGCUCCACCCCACAGCUGGAUGAGUAUACAGAGAGCAGGGAGAGAGAUCGAGAACGAAUAAGAGAACGGGAGAAAAUGUCUCAUGUGCAGAACACAAGUGUCAUUAUUGCACAGGUUAUGGAGGCGGUACAUGGAGUGACCACUGAAGAGGUUUAUAAUGCGCUUCAACGAAAUGACUGGAACCCAUUGCGAGCUGAACAGCAACUCAAGUUAGAGCAGCUGUACCUGCUGAGCCUCUGCUCCAGAGAGGACUGCGCCAAGAUCCUCGCCAGACACCAGUGGAACCUGCAGCUGGCCAGCCGCUACCUGAUCCAGUUAUCAACCGGCCCAGGCGAGAGGGAGCGACCUCCAGUCAGCACGGAUAGAAGAGUCUGAAGGCUGACUUUUUCAGCACCACCCCCCGAUGUGCGGUGAUACACUCCAACACUCGGAGCCCCUCAGUUGUGCACUCUGGUGCAUGUGAAAUUAGAAAAAUGAAGGCAGAUGAAUACAAAACUGACGAUUAUUGUAAAACAUUUUACCAGAAAGGCGACGUUCUCUUUACCACAGUUUUUUUGUUUGUUUGUUUUUUAUAUUUCUAACGUGGCUUUAUUUUGCCACAUUUUGUACAUAGUUUUUGUAUUUUAAUACAUUUGUACAUAUUGUAGUAGAAAUGUUGUUGAAUAAAACUGAUGAUCUU